CCCGGUCACCAUCACCAUCACCAAAUCAAGCCCAUCAUGACGAGUGUGGCCCAGCAGCACAAGGAGCUGCCCAGGAUAGAUGAUGGAGACGCGUUGAAGGUCCAGCGCGAAGGUCAGGCUUAUGAAGAAGUGGAGGAAGACGACGACGAUGACGAUGACGACUCAAUGGACGAGGAAGAACUGGAGGCCGUUCGAGCAUUGGCAGUGGACGAUGCUGACUGGGACCUGGCAAGAGGAGACUUCACGAAGCUAUACAAUCGCUCACGGCAGAUUCAGUCCGUCGCAGAAGGCUCGUCCGGCUCUUCGGUCCCACUGCCAGCCAUGAACGCGCCGCGAAGAGUCAUCGCAGCCAAGGAGGCGCGAGAGGCAGCCAAUGCAGCCUCGCCAUCAGUGUCAGGCAGUCACUCCAGCAAGAGUAAGCCCAACACCAACAACGAAGGUCAAGCCAACGCCUCCUCUCAGGAUCAGCCCACGUCGUCCUCCACCACUCCUCAUGACCGCACGACGGCUCAAUUGAACUCCCUAUCCUCAUACGCCUCUCGCAUCUCCCUCUCCUCGUCGAUUUCAGGAUCCGUCCCUCGCAAGACCGGCGGAUCAGGCGCAGCAGGGAGCUCGGCCUCGACGACCCGCGAGAAGGACAAGGCAGACCGAGCCACAAACCAACAGGUCCUCGACCCACGCACCCUCGUCAUCCUCUUCAAGAUGCUUCAAAGGGGCUUCCUCGAGCAUAUAGACGGUGUCAUUUCCACAGGCAAAGAGGCCAACGUCUACCAUGCUUCUCUGCCUCCGCCACUUUCGGAGGGGGAGACGGACGCUACUCCACUGAGCGAGAGGCAACUGCAAAAGCGCGGCCACGUAGCAAUCAAGAUCUACAAGACUUCCAUUUUGGUAUUCAAAGAUCGACAUCAGUACGUCUCCGGAGAAUUCAGAUUUAGGAACGGGUACACCGGGUCCAACCCGAGGAAGAUGGUCAAGACUUGGGCAGAAAAGGAGGCCCGCAAUCUCAAGAGAUUGGCGAGUGCUGGAGUGAGAGCGCCCAAGCCGCUCGAGUUGAGGGAUCAUGUUCUCGUCAUGGAUUUUGUAGGUGACGACGAUGGAUGGGCCAGUCCGCGACUUAAAGACGCCGAGAAGGUGAUCGAUCAGAUUGACAGGGAACGUCAUGAUGCUGCGCAGGAGUCAGGCCAACCUCCGGCGGGCGACUCCAAGUGGGAGUUCCUCUACCGCGAAAUGCUCGUCGCAAUUCGCACAAUGUGGCACUCCUGUCGUUUAGUCCACGCCGAUCUUAGCGAGUACAACGUCCUCUACCACUCGGAUGGGCAUCUAUGGAUCAUCGACGUCUCGCAGUCUGUGGAGCAUGAUCAUCCCAAAGCGCUCGACUUUUUGCGCGCGGACAUUGCCCAUGUUGAGGCGUACUUCGCGAAGCGUGGUGGUGUCAGAGUGAUGGGACUGCGCAAGGUGUUUGAUUGGGUGUUAAAAGAGCCGAGCGGGCUGAGGAGAGGAGGUGGAGGGAGGGUAGGGGUGGAGCAGGAGAGGGAGGAUGACGCGUAUGGGGAUGCUGCAGCAUCAGCAUCGGCGGAGGGAGGCGUGAAGGGACCAGAGUCGACAGGCAGCAAUGUCGUUGAGACGGGCGGGACCGGUCCGUUCGCUCUCCUUGAGGUCAGGCAGCGCGAGGCUGGAGAGAGCGAGGAUGAGCUGAUGGCCGAGCUCAAGACCAUGAUGGAGGCCAGCGCCACCAGCAGCAAGGCUACGCCAUCCUCAUCUUCAGCGGCGGCAGAUACGCCGUCUUCUACCGCCGGCCAGGACACCACCGAGACGGCCAGCGCGAACGCGAAUGGCAGCGGCUCAGCAGACUCGGAUCGUGUCUUCCUUUCCUCGUACAUUCCGCGCACGCUCAACGACGUCUAUGAUCCCGAGAGGGACAUCGAGCGUCUGAAGCGCAACAAGCAAGACGGGGUGCAAGGCGACGGUGAUGCUGCGGAUGGGGAGGGGCUCAUCUACGCGGGCGGGGUGACUGGGCUGGACGAGGCACAGGCAAAGGGUGCUCAACCCCACUCGACCAAGCCGGAAGACGGCGAGGGCGGCGAGGAAAGUGGUCAGGAUUCGUCCGGCUCCUCUUCAGGCUCGGAAUCAUCAGACGAGGAAGACGGAGAACGACACCCGGAUCGACCUCCACGCGGACAUCGUCAUGAGGAUCGCGACGCGAAGAAGGAGCGGAAGGCUGCGGUGAAGUCUGCGCAGAAGGAGAGGAGAGCGAACAAGACGAGCAAGAAGGACAAGAACAAGGCGAUUGCGAAGGUUGACAAGAAGAAGGGGAAGAAGUAGGUAUGAGAGAACGAGUCGCAAUGUCAUGUUCGCGGCGUUUGUGUGGAUAUGAGUGAAUCGUGUUGCAGAUGUGUCGUGUCUCAUUGCUCAUGGAGGGGACCGCCUAUGCCACACUCCCUCCCUCAAACGUAAUGACCAGCGUCAACUGGAAUGGCAGCCCCGCAUCUGUAACAUCAACCUCAUCCCCCUCCUCGAAUACCUCAGCGCACUUCCUCUCCAAGUUGGGCCUCGUAGCCUCCUCCAACUGCUUUGGCGCCUGGAAAUAUAGUGGCUUGCCCGCUUUGCCCGCGUCGCUUGCAUCGCCUGAAAAAGCGAGGGAGGGACGCUUGAUCUGCAGGUCUUGCACUUCUUUCAGUCGCUCCACCACAUCGCCUACAGUCUCCUCCGCUUUGACAGGGAAGGAGCGUGCCUCUCCCCCACAGACCGGGCAUUCCGCCCGCUUUUGGUGCUCGAAAGUGUAGGUGUACACCCCUUCAUUUCCCGUGUAC